CUACGCCUCUUUCAAUAUUUCGUGAGAGACGCCGCAACCCUAUCUAAUUUUUAGGGUUUCCAGAAUUUUUUGAUUUUGCGAUUCAAUCAAAAGUUUUUGUUGUAUCGCGCCAAAUCGAUCUAAGAUCUGAACUAUAUUUUUCUGUUUUUGCGAUUUGUUUUUGUAUUUGAGGGAGGGAAGUAUCAGAUCUGAAAUUGAAAUCGAAAUCGAAAUCGAAAAGGGGGUUCUUCUGUGUAUUGAGGAUGUCUCGGUGCUUCCCAUACCCACCACCUGGCUAUUCGCUGAAUAGAGCCAGCAAUGAAGCCUUGAUCGAAUCGAUUAAGCUCCAAAAGGAGAGGGAGGUAGCUAAAGCAGAAAAGAAGGACAGGAAGAGGGAAAAGAAAGAAAAGAGAAGAGAAGAGAAGAAAGCAAAAAAGGAGAACAGUAAUCUUGGAUUUGACAAGGCCACUCACGAGUCCAAAGGAAAGUACUUGUUUAAAUGUCUAGAAGAUGAAGCUGAGCAGUUGGAGAGGAGCAAUCUCACUGAGGAACAUGGACCUGCUGUGUGUUCACAGAAUUCCAGCUGCUCAUCUGACAGCACCCAAAAUAGCAAUAAAAGGAAGAGGCCUGCCUCACCUUCACAUGCUGGCAUUCAGGCGCAUGGUAGCAUUAUCAGAAUUAAAUUGUCUAAAAAGGGGGUGCAAGGUGAGAUAUCAGCUUCCAAAGAGAAGCACCUGCCAAAACCUGCUCAACAAGGUGCGGAAGUCACUGUCAGGACAUCUGCCGAAAGAGCCCAACCUUUGUUGAAAACUACAUACAACCAAAGUUGUCCAGCUCCUGUAUCAGUGUCAGAGCCAAGUACGUCCAAUUCUGGGUGGGUUGACUGUGUAGCUGUAGACAAUGCAACUCCAUCAUGUUCCAAAGUGCGCGAGAACAGCAUAGAAUUUCAGUACAAGAAUUUGAUUGAGAACUGGUUUCCACCAAGUCUGCAAAGUGAUAAUCUUGACUUAGAGGAUGAUCAAUCAUGGCUGUUCCAAAGAAAACCUAAGCAAGCGCGAGUGGAGGAGGAAAAUGUAGGCAGCAAUGACACAACUUGUGGAAGCUGCUCUUCAUUGUGGCAGCCACGGGCACAAUACCUUCCUGAUGCUGAUUUGUAUGCAUUGCCCUUCACAGUUCCAUUUUGAAUCACAUUACAACUUUGUGUAUAGUUAAUGUUUUAGCUGGAUAUACUGCCCGGGGAAUUUUGUAGCUCUUCUCUGGAAACAGCUGUAGUUUUAACAUGGAAAUUUAGGCACUGUGACAACUAUUCUUUUUACUUUUCAUCUGCCAUCUUCACAAAGAUACAUUGUUCUACAUCAAUCAGAAAGAUCAAUAUAGUACUGGAUUUUUCUUUCUCAAA